UAAUUUGGGGUACAUAGCCUGGAGACUUAAAACGGUUCAACGUAACAACCGCUGCAGCAGGACCACUACUUCAGAGGCCACUUGUGAAAGAAGGGGACCUGGAACUCAAAGAGCAUUUUUUACAUCAGAAAUGCAGCUGGAGGGAGAUCGUUGUCAAGAAGCUAUUUCAUUUCUGAAACACUGUUUGGAUCCAGAGCAAGUGGCUGCAAAGAUGAAAUCUACCUUUCAGUAUCGCCAGAAAAUGAUCCAUGAUCCUGAAAAGUCAUCCUCUGUUAUUUCUUUAUUUCCGAGGUUUCUUGACACAAAAGGACUGGUGCUGCAAGACUUUGAGUUAUUGUUUGGAGUGGAGACUGCAUCUAAGCUUCUGGAGAAGUGGGACUCUUGUCUGAAACAAAAAGUCAUUCAAGAAGCCAAAGCCCUGACCCAGUCACUGCAUCUGAGUUGUCUGAUUCAGUCGGCAGAACUGCAAUGCAACACCAGUCAUGGAGCUACAGAUUGGGACAGUGAGAUGUCGUCCCUCUUAUUGCUGGUGUAUCUCCUACCACCACCUUCUAGUGGAAAUAAGAAGGUUGUCAAGAUCAGUGUGCGUGAAGCUGUAGACCGUGUAGUAAAAUUUCAUAAGUCCUGUUGCAGUUUUGAAGAAGUUCUUGGAUCAACACAGACAACACAGCCCUACAUCUUGGCAGUUGGGACUUCGAAGAGUAGCAUCCAUGAGUACUACAUUGUGUUGGAUGGGCAGCUCAUUCCCUGCAUGGCUAAGUCCUCUCUCUCAGCCUUUGAUGAACUUUUCAAAACUCAUUAUGUGUUUGGCAUUUCAUAUGAUGCUGCUUUGCACAAUAUGUUUACCUUUCUUCAAACAACCAUCUACAACAUUGAUGUAGGCAUUACCCAUGAAAGCCCUCGAAUCGGAGAUCUUCGGGCCAAGGUUCUUAAUUAAGUACUGUUGCAAAGUUUUCUUGAGAAGAUGUUUAGGUGCUUUUAAAAAAAAAUUUAAAUUUUUUUUUUUUUAAAAAGUAUUAAAAAUUUCAAAAAUAUUACUAAGUCAUUAGCUCUAAAACAUCAGAUGUCUAUUGCAUACCACUGGGAAUCUCAGCCAUUUAAGUGUAUUGAGUGUGGACCUGUAUCAAGCGUUCAGCUUUGUAGCCUGUUAAACUGUGAAUUGAUUGCAGAAAAACUGCAAAUCGACAUUGAUUGUUAUGUUGAUCUUUUUACUUGGAUUUCUUGUUUUGGGACAGAAUACCGUUCAGGUCUUCUUGUUUGUUCAGAUAUGAAAGAUGAUCUUCCUGUCUUCAGUAAGAUUACUGAUAUAAUUGGAUUUGAUGGUCAACAUUUUUUGUUGACUUGUGAUUUUGAGACUUUAUGCUUUGUUGAACAUCUACACUCAUUUCAAGUCCAAGAGGGGCUUUGUAGGAAUGUCUCUAUUUUGAAUGUGGAAACCUUGCGUUUCUUUAAGCCGUUUGACCUUCAAACAUCUUAUGGAUUUCAGCAAAAUGACCUUUAUAUUGUUCCUAUACAUGUUUUUAUAUAAAGGCCUUCAUUUUAGACAGUGCUUUUGUGCUCCGGUCUUGUUUGGAUGUACCUUUUUAAGUAAAGUUGUAGACCUUCACAAAUCUUAAUCCCUCUACAGUUUUAUAUAUGUUGAAAAUGUGAAAUUGCACACAAAACAUGGACAGUCAUAUAAAAUGAAUUAACUUUAAUGCUUUGUUGAACUAAUGUGUUUGUUCCCAGUAUUUAGUAAACAUGCUGUACUGAAUGUAUUUGUGAAAACCAGUUACAAACUGAUUCUUGGAAAAAAAUAAAUAUUGAUUGUUUUAAAAA